AAGAAAUACCAGCAACAUAAGAUCCGAAAACAGAAAUAAUCGAUAGAUUUGGCAGCUUUAUUAUUUUUUUUUCAUUCAGUCUAGAAUUCUGGCUGUGCUAAACGAUAAUUACUUUUAAUACACGGAUUUCUUUUAUUGUCGGCGCUAGACAUUGGUUGUGUCUUUUUCUAAAAUAAAUUGAUAAUAGUGCAAAUAGUGUAUGUCGUUUUCGAAUUUGGUGAAAAAUGUUAAAGCCAGAUCUGCAACAUCAGUUUUGGGUGACAAAAAAAGCCGUUCAACGUAAAUUAGGCAGCAAAGAAGAUGAAUGUAUUGUGUCAUCGGACGCAGAGCUCGAUUCAAAAAUUGAUUUGCUUAAAUCGAUUGGCGAUAGUUGUCAGCAACUCAAACGCAUACUCGAUAAUUAUCAAGAGAAAAUUUGCAUUUUAGCACAAGAAGAAAAUGCGUUGGGCGUUUUCCUAAAGGAAUCGGGUAAACAUAGCACAACAACAAGUAAACACAUGUGUUGUACCGGAAAAUCGAUUUCCUAUUGUGGACAACAACAUAUGAAAAUUCGUGCACCAUUGGUACGAUUACAACAUGAAAUCGAAACUUUUAAUGGUCAAGCGAUUAAAGAUACAUACAAUACCGUCCAAGCAAUGGAACGUGAACGCACCGAAUAUCGUGCCGCAUUGGGUUGGAUGAAAGCAGCCAGUGCACAAUUGGAUCCGGACAAGGGACGUGGUCUGGAUAAAUUUCGUAAUGCACAAAUGUAUGUAAGAACGGCCAAAACAAAAUUCGACACCAUGACACUGGACUGUUUGCAAAAGAUCGAUUUGCUUGCGGCUGCACGUUGCAAUAUGUUUUCACAUGUUUUGGUCGCAUAUCAAGCAGCGUUACUCGAUUCUGCCACGAAAACAUCCUACACAUUUCAAGCGGCCUUAAAAAUUCUCGACGAAAAACCACAAUAUAAUUUCACCAUUUUAAAGGAUUUAACACAAGUUCCAGUAGUUAAUGACAGCAAUCCAUCGGCCGAAUCAAAAGAAAUUGCACCAAUCGAUUUCGAUCAAAUGUUAUUCUUCAAGGAAGAUUUUGAAGACGAUAUAAAAUCGACGAAGGGCGAUUCAACCCCAGCAACAUCAAAUGCUGAAAAAUCUGAAAAGAAAGCAACCAAAGAGUCCAUAGUACCAAAAUCCGAUACAAAUGAAAACGCAACAGGUGGAACAAAAGCCAGUGUCGAUGAUUCGACCAUAUUUGAUUUACUAGAUUUAUCAACAAAUGAAUCAAGCGAAACUGAUUGCUUAUUAGACAUAUUCAGCAAUGCUGCAAAUAAUUGCAAACCAAGUACUUCGUCUGCCACUGCCACUGCACAAUCAUCAUCAUCAUCGAAUAUUUUAACGUUUGAUUUUUUGAAAAAAAUGCAUAGUUCAACAGUCUCAUCGGAAUCGAGUAAAAAAGGUGUAAACAAUAAAUCAAAGAUGACCAAUGAUAAUAAGAAAACGUCAGGAAUAAACUGGAUAGAUUUGUUUGCAGAUCUUGAUCCAUUGGCCAUGGAGAAAAAAAUUGCUGGAUCGAAUCAGAAUUGCUUAGACGCUUAAAAGCGCAGGAAACACAAAAGCCAACAAGAAACAAAAUUCAAAUAAGCGAAGCAAAAAAUACAAUAAAUAAUCGAAAACAUCGACAAGUGAACCGUUCAUAUAGUGUCUGUUUCAGCUUAACCAAAACAGAAUUAACAUAUUAUGUUGGUUUUUUUUUUCUCUAUAUUUUCGAACAAAAUAGACACGUUUCAAUCUGAGGACGCUAAUGCAGCGUGUCUUGCAUAUUGAAUCUAUUUUUUUUUGCUUUAUGUGUAUCAAUUUCUUGAAUCUAAUAUAAGAGUUCUCAAUUUUAUUUUUCUGUUUCUUUAAAUUUUACUCCAGACAUGUGUUGUAAUAAGUU